AUGCCCUCCUCCUCUGUGUCUUCUGGCCUCUCCAAGCUGACCCUCGACAACAAGUCCAAGCCCAAAGCAAAGCAGCCCGUGGCCGACUCGUGGGAGGACGAAGACUCGGCCUCCGACUCGGAAACACCAGCACCCCCUACCGUCAACUCGGGCGCCCAGGCACCGCCCCCGACGCCCAUCUCGCCAACGCACCAGUCUUCCGGCACCACGCGCCAAUGGGCCUCCAUGGGCACCGAUGCCGGCUUGGGCCCCGGCCCCGGCCCGCGCUCCCCGCUGUCUCCCGACGCUGAACGCCGUCGGCCCGAGAAGACGGACGCUGUGGCGCGGAGACUCAUUGCCGGCGCGCUGGGCGUCAAGGCGCCCAAGAUGACUGAGGAGCAGCGAGCGUACGAGAAGAGCGUCAGGGAGCAGGAGCGCAAGAGGCGCGACGCUGAGAAGGAGCGAGAGAAGAGAGCACAGGAGGAGGCUGAGCGGGCCAAGGCCGCCGUGUGGGAGGACUAA